AUGUCGAGGGGGGAGCCAUUGGAGGUGCUGACUCAGUCGGUGGUCCUGCUGCCCCUGCUGCGAUCGCUGCUGUCCCCGCUCCUCCGCCGCGCCCGAUGGGGGGCAAUGGGCGGGCUGCGGCCUCUGAUGGCCGUUCCCUCCGCGAUGGCGCGCGUGGGCAGCCUCUCCGGCGAGGGGCGGCGCCGGGGCCGCCGCCGGGGCCGAUGGGGCAGGGGCCAAGAUCGUGGCCGAGGCCGAGAGUCCGGAGCGGGACAAUAUUCGCCAUCGCAUGCGGCAGCAGGGCCGCGGCGGCCUCGGACGCGUCGAGGGCGCGAAGGACAGAGCGCUGAGCGCCAGACGUCGAGCUGGCGUUCGGCUCAGAGCGAAUACCGCUGGGAGCAGUGCCAGGACCAGUUGGACAUCACCGAACACUAUGAUGAUGAUGAUAAGUCUGGUGGAACAUGGGUCGAUGAUGAGGCCAGGAGAGAGUGGCAGCGGUGGGCUGCGGAGGAAGAUCGUGCGGCCUUCGGCUAUGGCGGUCGCUGCGCUACGAGGUGCAGUGACGCGCUGACAAAGGCUCAGCCUCUGCAGUCCUACAUGCUGAAGAAGAACGGGGCAAAGUUCCUGUGA